UUUAUUUACAAUUUUUGAAAUACUUUUCCUCGAAUCUAUUUGAAAUUAUAUAAAAAAGAUAACGUCUUGUGAAAGAAAGUAAUUGUCACUUUGGUUUGUUCAUUCAUUUCGACAGGAAAUCGCAUUUAAUUCGAAGGCACUUGCAAAACAAGUAACAUUUUGCGGGAGGUAAUUGUCACACAGAAUACAUUUUGUUUGGAACAGAACGAAUACCUCUGUGAGAUAACAUUUAAGCAUUUUUAAUCAUGUCGACAAGAGUUUUAGUGACUGGUGGCACUGGUUUGGUCGGAAGUGCAAUCAGACAUGUUAUCCAAACAACCGAAAAACGCAACGACGAAGAAUGGAUUUUUGUUGGCUCUAAAGAUGGUGACCUUACAGAUUUACAAUCGACCCGAGAGCUCUUUGAAAAGUAUAAACCAAACAAAGUUAUCCAUUUGGCAGCUAUGGUUGGUGGCUUAUUUUACAACAUGAACAACAAUUUAGAUUUUUUGAGAAAAAAUAUGCUGAUUAAUGAUAAUGUAUUACUGGUGUGCCAUGAGAUCAACGUGAAUAAAGUCGUUUCGUGUUUAUCUACAUGCAUUUUCCCCGAUAAAACCACAUAUCCGAUUGAUGAAACAAUGGUUCACAACGGCUUGCCUCACGAUUCCAAUUUCGGUUAUAGUUAUGCAAAACGUUUAAUUGAUGUACUGAAUAGAGGUUAUUUUGAGCAACAUAAUCGUUUAUACACAUCGAUCGUACCGUGUAACAUUUACGGUCCGAAUGAUAAUUUUAAUCCAACUGCAAGUCACGUAAUACCUGGAAUGAUUCAUCGUUUGUACAAUAUAAUUAACGAUAACACCGUUGAUACGCCGCAAGAAGAGCGCGUAUUCACGGUUUGGGGCAGUGGAAAACCACUGCGUCAAUUCAUCUAUUCACUGGAUCUAGCCAAACUUGCCGUUUGGACAUUACGGGAAUAUGACAGUGUAUCGCCAAUUAUUUUAUCAGUCGACGAAGCGGAUGAAGUAACGAUUGAAUUUGUGGCUAGAUCAAUAGCCAAAGCAUUCGAUUUUAAAGGUCGCAUCGAGUUUGAUACAACCAAAGCAGAUGGACAGCAUAAGAAAACCGCAUCGAAUACUAAACUUCGCUCAUACCGGCCAGAUUUUCAGUUCACUAAAUUCGAAGAGGCCAUAAAGUACACAGUUGAUUGGUAUCUUCAAAAUCAAGAUAAAGUCCGAAAAUAAUGACAGAAAAAAAUCAAAAAUAAACUUCAAAGAUCGAAAUAAUAGUGAAUAAAACAUUUCGAUUUUAAUGAAAAAUAAAUAAAUGAAUUUGUUAUGCAAAAAUGAAUGGUUUAUAAAACUCAGACAAAACACAUAAAUUCGUAAAUUUGUUUUAUAAGCUUUAGAAGUUUUUAUUCUUUGUAUACAAAUCUUUAUUGUAAUCUUGUUUGAAUAAAGUAAAUAUGAAAAAUAUCUCAUUAUGAUUGAAAAAAG